AGCCUCUAGGGCUGGGCUGAGCCUAGCGCCUUCCUGCUCAGCUGCUCUGCAGCUCCCCAGCGCCUGCCUGGGCUGCGAGCUCCACCCCAGCCGCCCACUCCGCUCCAGGGCAGCCUCCCCUGCCCAAGGGCCCAGGAGUCCUCUUCACCAUGACCGUUGCCUUGCUGGGUCUGGCCGUGUGGUUACUCUGUCCUGUGACCUGCGAGAAGCCUCUAGAAGGAACUGACCUCUCCUCGGCUUGGCGCUUUACACACUCCCUUUACAACGCCACCAUCUAUGAGAACUCUGCCCCCAAGACCUAUGUGGAGAGCACAGUGAAAAUGGGCAUGUACCUCACCCAGCCGCAGUGGACAGUGCGCUACCGGAUCAUCUCGGGGGACGUGGUCAACGUCUUUAAGACAGAGGAGUAUGUGGUAGGGGACUUCUGCUUUCUGAGAAUCAGGACGAAGAGCAGCAACACGGCGCUUCUCAACAGGGAGGUUCAAGACAGCUACACCCUCAUCAUCCAAGCCACAGAGAAGACCCUGGAGUUGGAAGCCCUGACCCGCGUGGUGGUCCGCAUCCUGGACCAGAAUGACCUGAAGCCCCUCUUCUCCCCACCUUCGUACAGAGUCACCAUCUCGGAGGACAUGCCUCUGAAGAGCCCCAUCUGUAAGGUGACCGCCACUGACGCCGACCUGGGCCAGAACGCCGAGUUCUAUUACGCCUUUAACACAAGAUCCGACAUCUUCGCCAUCCACCCCACCAGCGGUGUGGUGACCGUAGCUGGGAAGCUCAACGUCACCUGGCGGGGAAAGUACGAACUUCAGGUGCUGGCUGUGGACCGCAUGCGAAAAAUCUCCGAGGGAAAUGGGUUCGGCAACUUAGCCGCCCUCACUAUCCACGUGGAGCCUGCGCCCAAGAAGCCCCCGGCCAUUGUCUCCGUGGUGGUGACCCCGGCAGGCAGUAGUGAAGAUGCCACGUAUGCCACGGUGGUGGUAGAUGCCAACGGUUCAGGGUCCGAAGUGGACUCACUGGAGGUUGUGGGUGGUGACCCCGGAAAGCAUUUCAAAGCCACCAAGUCCUAUGCCCGGAGCAAUGAGUUCAGUUUGGUGUCCGUCAAAGACAUCAACUGGCUGGAGUAUCUUCAUGGGUUCAACCUCAGCCUGCAGGCCAGGAGUGGGAGCAGACCUUCCCUCCAUUCCCAGAUCAGGGGCUUUCACCUUCCCCCUUCCCCACUGGCUUCUCUCAAGUUUGAGAAGCCCGUCUAUAGAGUGCAGCUCAGUGAGUUUUCCCCUCCUGGCAGUCGAGUGGUCCUGGUGAAGGUCACACCAGCCAUUCCCAAGCUGCAGUAUGUUCUAAAGCCAUCCUCAGAGAGCGUGGGGUUUAAACUUCACGCUCGCACUGGGUUGAUCACCACUGCAAAGCUCCUGGACUUCCGUGACCGGGCCCGCUACCAGCUUUACGUUAGAACCUCCCCUGGCCUGGCCUCUGCCGUGGUGAUCGUUGACAUCGUGGACUGUAACAACCACGCCCCCAUCUUUAACAGGUCUUCUUACGACGGCACCUUGGAUGAAAACAUUCCUCCAGGCACCAGCGUUUUAACGGUCACAGCCACAGAUCAGGACCCCGGGGAGAACGGAUACAUCACCUACUCCAUCAUUGCCCCCAAAGCUGUGCCAUUUUCUAUUGACCCUUUCUCGGGGGUCAUCUCCACCUCCAAACCCAUGGACUAUGAGCUCAUGAGAAGAAUUUACAUGUUCCGAGUACGGGCCUCAGACUGGGGAACCCCUUUUCGCCAGGAGAAGGAAGUGUCUGUUUCUCUCAGGCUCAAGAAUCUGAAUGACAACAGGCCAAUGUUUGAGGAAGUCAACUGCACUGUGUCUAUUCGCCAGGACUGGCCAGUAGGGAGGUCAGUGAUGACCUUCUCGGCCAUAGAUGUGGAUGAGCUCCAGAACCUAAAAUACGAGAUUGUGUCAGGCAACGAACUAGGGUAUUUCGAUCUGAAUCAUUUCUCGGGGGUGAUAGCCCUCAAACGCUCUUUCAUAAACCUUAGUGCUGGUCAACCCACCAGCUAUUCUCUGAAAAUCACAGCUUCAGAUGGCCAAAACUAUGCUUCGCCCACAACACUGAAUGUCACUGUGGUGAAGGACCCCCUUUUUGCAUCUCCUGUCACCUGUGCUAAAACAGGGGUACUGACCCAUUUCACCAAGACCGUCCUCCACUCGGUUGGACUCCAGGACCAGGAGUCCAGUGAUGAGGAAUUCAUGUCACUCACCACGUAUCAGAUCAAUCACCAUGCCCCCCAGUUUACAGACCACUUCCCUCAGUCCAUCGACGUCCUCGAGCGUGUCCCCGUCAACACCUCCCUGGCCCGCCUGGCAGCCGCUGACCCUGAUGCUGGCUUUAAUGGCCAGCUGGUCUAUGUGAUCACCGACGGCAAUGAGGACGGCUGCUUUGACAUUGAGCUGGACACAGGGCUGCUCAUGGUGGCCGCUCCCUUGGAUUACGAAACCACCAGUUUCUACCUCCUCAAUAUAACAGUGUAUGACCUGGGGACCCCCCAGAAGUCCUCCUGGAAGCUGCUGGCAGUGAAUGUCAAAGACUGGAAUGACAACGCGCCCAGAUUCCCUCCUGGCGGGUACCAGCUGACUAUCUCGGAGGACACAGAGGUGGGAACCACCAUCGCGGAGUUAAAAACAGAAGACGAAGACUCAGAGGACAACGGCAGAGUCCGCUACACCUUGCUAAGCCCCACCGAGAAGUUCUCCCUUCACCCUCUCACCGGGGAACUGGUCGUCACUGGACAUCUGGACCGAGAAGCAGAACCUCAGUACGUACUCAAGGUAGAGGCCAGGGAUCAGCCCAAGAAGGGCCACCAGCUCUUCUCUGUCACUGACUUGAUAAUCACAUUAGCAGAUGCCAAUGAUAACCCUCCCCGGUGCAUCACAGAGCUCAGCAGCCUGAAGGUGCCGGAGGACCUCCCCCUGGGGACGAUCGUGACAUUUCUGGAUGCCUCUGAUCCCGACCUGGGCCCUGCAGGGGAAGUGCAGUACGUCUUAUCGGAUGACAUCCAUGGAACCUUCCGUGUGGACCCGAUGACGGGGGCACUGAGUCUGGAGAAAGAGCUGGACUUUGAGAGGCGGGCUGGGUACAACCUGAGCCUGUGGGUCAGUGACAGUGGGAAGCCCCUGGCCCGCAGGACCCUCUGCCACGUGGAGGUGAUCGUCUUGGACGUGAACGAGAAUCUCCACCCUCCUCGCUUUGCCUCUUUUGUGUACCAGGGCCAGGUGCAGGAGAACAGCCCCCCGGGAACUCAGGUGAUGCAAGUGAUGGCCCAGGACGAUGACAAUGGCUCGGACGGGGAGAUCCAGUACUUCCUCCGGGCCGGCACUGGCCUGGCAGCCUUCAGUAUCGACCCAGACACAGGAAUGAUUCAGACCCAGGCACCUCUGGACCGAGAAUCCAUACCCUACUACUGGUUGACUGUGCUGGCCGUGGACAGGGGUUCUGUGCCCCUCUCAUCUGUCACUGAAGUCUACAUUGAGAUCACAGAUGUCAAUGACAACCCGCCCCGGAUGUCCAGACCUGUGUUCUACCCCUGCAUUGUGGAGAAUGCACCCCUGGGUACCUCUGUGCUGCAGCUGGAUGCCAGGGACCCAGACCCCAGCUCCAGAGGGAAGCUGACUUUCAACAUCACCGCUGGGAACCACGUGGGUGUCUUCACUCUUCAUCCUCUCACGGGUCUCCUUUCCACGGCCCGACAGCUGGACCGAGAGAGCAAGGAUGAGCAUAUCCUGGAGGUGACGGUGCUGGACAACGGGGAGCCGUCCCUCAGGUCCACCUCCAGGGUGGUGGUAUGCAUCUUGGACAUCAAUGACAACGCACCUACGUUUUCCCACAAGCUCUUCAAUGUCCGCCUUCCAGAGAGGCCCAGCCCAGCGUCCCCUGGGGCUGUGUACAGGCUGGUGGCUUCAGACCCAGAUGACGGUCUCAAUGGCAGUGUCACGUACAGCAUCGAGGAGAGUGAUGAGGAGGGCUUCAGCAUCGAUCCGGUCACAGGUGUGGUGUCAUCCAGCAGCACCUUUACAGCUGGGGAGUACAACAUCCUAACGAUCAAGGCCACAGACAGCGGGCAGCCGCCCCUCUCCUCCAGCGUCCGGCUGCACAUCGAAUGGAUCCCCCAGCCCCGGCCGUCGUCCAUACCACUGGCCUUCGAUGAGCCCCACUACAGCUUCACCGUCAUGGAGACAGACCCCGUGAACCACAUGGUGGGGGUCAUCAGUGUCGAGGGCCGGCCCGGCCUCUUCUGGUUCCGCAUCACAGAUGGGGACAAGAACAUGGACUUUGACAUUGAGAAGACCACAGGCAGUAUUGUCAUCGCCAGGCCUCUUGAUACAAGGACAAGAUCCAGCUAUAAUUUGACUGUGGAAGUGACAGACGGGUUCCAUAUCAUUGCCACCCAGGUCUACAUCUUCCUGAUCGCCAAUGUUAACCACCACCGGCCUCAGUUUCUGGAGCCUCAUUAUGAGGUCAGAGUCCCCCAGGAUACCCUGCCUGGGGUCGAGCUUCUUCGUGUCCAGGCCACAGAUGAAGACAAGGGCAAAGGCCUCAUCUACACCAUACAGGGCAGCCAGGACCUGGGAAGCGCCAGCCUCUUCCAGCUGGACCCAAGCACUGGUGUCCUGGUGACUGUGGGAAAGUUGGACCUGGGCUCAGGGCCCUCGCAGCACACGCUGACAGUUAUGGUCCGAGACCAAGAGAUGCCCAUCAAGAGGAACUUUGUGUGGGUGACUGUUCAUGUGAAGGACGGAAAUAUCCACCCACCACGCUUCACCCAGCUCCAUUACGAGGCGAGAGUUCCUGACACCAUCGCCCCAGGCGCAGAGCUGCUACAGGUCCAAGCUGUGGAUGCUGAUCGGGGAGCCAAUGCUGAGGUCCACUACUCUCUCCUGAAAGGGAACAGCGAGGAUUUUUUCAGCAUCGACGUUCUGCAAGGCAUCAUCACUGUAGCCCGGAAACUCAAUCAGGCAAACCACAUCCGGCACACUCUGAUGGUGAAGGCGGAAGACCACGGGUCCCCACGGAAGCAUGACCUGGCUACAGUGGUCGUUCAUGUCUAUCCCUCAGCCAGCAGCGCCCCCAUCUUCUCCAACACUGAGUACUUCGUGGAAGUCCCCGAAUCCAUCCCUGUUGGCUCCCCAAUCCUCCUCGUCUCCGCCACAAGCCCUUCCGAAGUCACCUAUGAGCUAAGAGAGGGAAACAAGGAUGGCGUGUUCUCCAUGAACUCAUAUUCUGGCCUCAUUUCCACCCAGAAGAACUUGGACCAUGAGAAAAUCUCAUCGUACCAGUUGAAAAUCCGAGGCAGCAGCAUGGCGGGAGCAUUUACCGACAUCGUGGUGCUCGUGGACAUCAUUGAUGACAAUGACAAUGCACCCAUGUUCUUAAACUCAACGUUCGUGGGCCAGAUUAGCGAGGCAGCUCCUCUGUACAGCAUGAUCGUGGGCGAGGACAGCAGCCCCUUUGUGGUUCGCGCCUCUGACAAGGACCAGGAAGCAAACGCCUUGCUGAUCUACAAAAUCUUGGAUCCAGAGGCCUCAAAGUUUUUCAAAAUAGACCCUAGUAUGGGAACGCUCACUGUUUUAUCUGAGAUCGAUUAUGAGAGCAGGCCCCUUUUCCAGUUCAACGUCUAUGUCCAUGACCAAGGGAGCCCCAUCUUAUUCGCUCCCAGGCCUGCCAAGGUCAUCAUCUAUGUCAGAGACGUGAAUGAUUCUCCUCCCAGGUUCGCAGAGCAGAUAUAUGAAGCAGCAGUCGUGGGACCCAUUCAUUUCGGGAUGGAGCUUCUCACCGUGCGGGCCAGCGAUGAAGAUUCCGAGGUCACCUACAGCAUCAAAACCGGCAACACGGAUGACGCCGUCGCCAUUGACCCGGUCACUGGGUGCAUAUCUGUGCUAAAUCCUGCUGCUCUGGGAGCCUCUAGGAAGCUCACCAUUAGGGCUUCGGAUGGCCUGUAUCAAGAUACUGCACUGGUAAAAAUUUCUCUGACCCAAGUCCUUGACAAAAGUUUGCAGUUUGAUCAGGAGGUGUACAGGACGAAGGUGAAGGAGAAUUUGCCAGACAGAAAGGCACUGGUGAUUCUUGGUGCCCACGGCCAUCAUCUGAAUGACACCCUUUCCUACGCUCUCUUAAACGGCACAGAUUUGUUUCAUGUGGUCAGGUCAGCGGGUGUGCUGCAGACAAGGGGGGUGGCGCUGGACAGAGAGCAGCAGGACGUUCACGAGGUGGUGGUGGAAGUGAGGGACAAUCGGGCUCCUCCGCGCGUGGCCCAGGCUGUGGUCAGAGUGUCCGUUGAGGACGUCAAUGAUAACCCCCCUGAGUUCAAGCAUCUGCCCUACUACACAAUCGUUCAAGACGGCACAGAGCCAGGGGACGUCCUCUUUCAGGUGUCUGCUACUGACAGGGACUUGGGAGCCAGUGGCACGGUCACGUAUGCAUUUACAGAGGAUUACACGUAUUUCCGCAUUGACCCCUAUGUUGGGGAUAUAUCACUCAAGAAACCCUUUGAUUAUCAGGCUUUAAAUAAAUAUCGCCUCAAAGUUGUGGCUCUCGAUGGAGGAACACCAUCCCUCCAGACGGAGGCAGAAGUGCUUGUCACCGUGAGGAAUAAAUCCAACCCGCUGUUUCAGAGUCCUUACUACAGGGUCCGAGUGCCUGAGAACAUCACACUCUACACCCCCAUCCUCCACACCCAGGCCCGGAGUCCCGAGGGACUCAGGCUCAUCUACAACAUCGUGGAGGAGGAGUCUUUGCCGCUCUUCACCACUGACUUCAAGACGGGCGUUCUCACCGUGACAGGACCUUUGGACUAUGAGUCCAAGACCAGACACAUAUUCACAGUCAGAGCCACAGACACAGCUCUGGGGUCAUUUUCGGAAGCCACGGUGGAAGUCUUCGUAGAGGAUGUCAAUGAUAACCCUCCCACUUUUUCCCAGUUGGUGUACACCACGGCAGUCUCGGAAGGCUUGCCCGCUCAGACCCCUGUGAUCCAACUCUUGGCUUCCGACCAAGACUCGGGACACAACCGUGAUGUGUCCUAUGAGAUCGUGGAGGAUGGCUCAGACGCUUCCAAGUUCUUCCAGAUUAAUGGGAGCACAGGAGAGAUGGUCACACUCCAAGAACUGGAUUACGAAGCCCAACGACACUUCCAUGUGAAAGUCAGGGCCACGGACAGAGGAAAUCCUCCGCUCACUGGAGAGACCCUUGUGAUUGUCAAUGUGUCUGACAUCAACGACAAUCCCCCCGAGUUCAGACAACCUCAGUAUGAAGCCAACGUCAGUGAGCUAGCAACCUGUGGACACCUGGUUCUUAAAGUCCAAGCCCUUGACCCUGACAGCAGAGACACCUCCCGCCUGGAGUACCUGAUCCUUUCUGGCAAUCAGGACCGUCACUUCUCCAUUAACAAAUCAUCAGGAAUAAUUUCUAUGCUCAACCUUUGCAAAAAGCAGCUGGACUCUUCCUACAAUUUGAGGGUGGGUGCUUCGGACGGGGUCUUCCAAGCAACUGUGCCUGUGUAUAUCAACACCACAAACGCCAACAAGUAUAGCCCAGAAUUCCAGCAGCACAUUUAUGAGGCAGAAUUAGCAGAGAAUGCAAAGGAGGGAACGAAGGUAAUUGAAUUGCUGGCCAUAGAUAAAGACAGUGGCCCCUAUGGCACUGUGGAUUACACUAUCAUUAAUAAACUGGCAGGUGAAAAGUUCUCCAUAAAUCCCAAUGGCCAGAUCACCACCCUGCAAAAACUGGACCGGGAAAAUUCAACAGAAAGAGUCAUUGCUAUUAAGGUCAUGGCUCGGGAUGGAGGAGGAAAAGUGGCCUUCUGCAUUGUAAAGAUCAUCCUCACGGACGAAAAUGACAAUGCCCCACAAUUCAAAGCCUCUAGGUACACUCUGUCCGUCCCAUCGAAUGUCAGCAAAGACUUCCCGGUCAUCCAGGUGCUGGCUUAUGAUGCAGAUGAGGGUCGGAACGCAGAUGUCACCUACUCAGUAGACCCAGUGGAGGACUUGGCGGAUGAUCUCAUUGAUGUCAAUGAAAUCACUGGGGUGGUCAAGGUGAAAGAGAGCCUGGUGGGAUUGGAAAACAAGACCCUUCGCUUCAAAGUCAAAGCCCAAGAUGGUGGCCCCCCUCACUGGGAUUCGCAGGUGCCAGUACAACUUCAGGUGGUCUCCAAUGAAGUUUCCUUGCCCAAGUUUUCUGAGCCUCUGUAUACAUUCCCUGCAUCCGAAGACCUUCCAGUGGGGUCCGAGGUUGGGGUGGUUAAAGCAGUGGCAGCUCAAGACCCGGUCAUCUACAGUCUAGUGCAGGGCACAACACCGGAGAGUAACAGGGAUGGCGUCUUCUCCUUGGACCAUGACACAGGAGUCCUAAAAGUGAGGAAGGCUCUGGACCAUGAGUCCACCAAAUGGUACCAGAUUGAUCUGAUGGCACACUGUCCCCACGAGGAUACAGAGUUGGUGGCCUUGGUCUCAGUCCACAUCCAAGUGAAGGAUGUCAAUGAUAACAGGCCAGUCUUUGAGGCUGAUCCAUAUAAAGCUUUCCUCACUGAGAAUAUGCCAGGGGGGACGACAGUCAUUCAGGUGACUGCCAAUGACCAGGACACCGGGAAUGAUGGCCAAGUGAGCUACAGGCUGUCAGCAGAGCCAGGCAGCAGUGUCCACGAGCUCUUCGCCAUUGACAGCGAGAGUGGCUGGAUCACCACUCUCAAGGAGCUGGACUGUGAGACCCACCAGACCUACCGCUUUCAUGUGGUGGCCUUUGACCAUGGACAGACCAUCCAGCUGUCUUCCCAGGCGCUGGUUGAGGUCUCCAUUACGGAUGAAAAUGACAAUGCUCCUCGAUUCACCUCCGAAGACUACAGAGGAUCUGUGGUUGAGAACAGUGAGCCUGGCGAGCUUGUGACCACUCUGAGGACCCUGGAUGCUGACAUCUCUGAGCAGAACAGACAGGUCACCUGCUACAUCACAGAGGGAGACCCCCUGGGCCAGUUCGCCAUCAGCCAAGUCGGGGACGAAUGGAGGAUCUCCUCGAGGAAGACCUUGGACCGAGAGUACAUGGCCAAGUACUUGCUCAGAAUUACGGCCUCGGAUGGCAAAUUCCAGACAUCGGUCCCCGUAGAGAUCUUUGUCCUGGACGUCAAUGAUAACAGCCCUCAGUGCCCACAGCUUCUCUAUACUGGCAGAGUCCGAGAAGAUGUGUCUCCCGGACACUUCAUUUUGAAAGUUUCAGCCACAGACUUGGACACCGACACCAACGCUCAGAUCACAUAUUCUCUGCAUGGCCCUGGGGCACAUGAAUUCAAGAUGGAUCCCCACACAGGAGAGCUGACCACACUCACAGCCCUGGACCGAGAAAGGAAGGACAUGUACAGCCUGGUCGCAAAGGCGACAGACGGAGGGGGCCGAUCGUGCCAGGCAGACGUGACCCUCCAUGUGGAAGAUGUGAAUGACAAUGCCCCCCGGUUCUUCCCCAGUCACUGUGCUGUGGCCAUCUUUGACAACACCACGGUCAAGACCCCUGUGGCUGUGGUGUUCGCCCGGGAUCCUGACCAAGGCACCAACGCCCAGGUGGUUUACUCUCUGACGGAUUCUGCUGAAGGCCAGUUUUCCAUCGAUGCUGCCACUGGGGUGAUUCGACUGGAGAAACCGCUGCAGGCGAGGCCUCAGGGGGUACUGGAGCUCACGGUCUGUGCCUCAGACCUGGGCGUCCCCAUGCCACUGUCCACACUGGGCACCGUGUCGGUGUCUGUAGUGGGCCUGGAAGACUACCUGCCCGUGUUCCUCAACACUGAGCACAGCCUGCAGGUGCGUGAGGACGCCCCACCUGGUGCUCAGGUGCUGUCGCUGGCUGCCCUCACCCGCCCCGGGGCUGAGAAGACCGGUUACCGUAUGGUCAGCGGCAACGAGCAAGGCCAGUUCCGCCUGGACACCCGCACAGGGAUCCUAUAUGUCAAUAGGAGCCUGGACUUUGAGACAAGUCCCAAGUACUUCCUGUCCAUCGAGUGCAUCCGGAAGGCCUCUGCCUCCCUCAGCGACGUGACCACUAUCGUGGUCAAUGUCACUGAUGUCAACGAGCACCACCCCCGAUUCCCCAAGGACCUGUACAGCGCAAGGGUCUUAGAGAAUGCCAUCAGGGGUGACAUCAUCCUCACGGUGUCAGCGACUGACGAGGAUGGACCCCUCAAUAGCGCCAUCACCUAUAGCCUCGUAGGAGGGAAUCAGCUCGGACACUUCACCAUCCACCCCAAGAAGGGGGAGCUGCAGGUGGCCAAGGCCCUGGACUGGGAACAGACAUCCAGCUAUUCCCUGAAACUGCGGGCCACAGACAGCGGGCAGCCCCCUCUGCACUCGGACGUGGACAUUGAUGUCCAAGUGGUUGAUGUCAAUGAUAACCCACCUAGAUUCUUCCAGCUCAACUACAGCACUGCUGUCCAGGAGAACUCCCCCGUCGGCAGUCAAGUCCUGCAGCUGAUCCUCAGCGACCCCGACUCGCCGGAGAACGGCCCUCCGUACUCCUUCAGAAUCACUAAGGGCAACGCUGGCUCUGCCUUCCGAGUGACUCCAGAAGGGUGGCUGGUGACCACUGCAGGCCUGAGCAGGGCCGCUCAGGAGCAGUACCAGCUGCAGAUCGAGGUAUCAGACAGUGGCACCCCUCCACUCUCGUCCUCCACGUGGGUCAGCAUCCGCGUCACGGAGCAGAGCCGAUACCCACCCUCCGCCCUCCCUCUGGAGAUCUUCAUCACCGUUGGGGAGGAGGCGUUCCAGGGUGGCAUGGUGGGUAAAAUCCAUGCCACAGAUCGCGACCCCCAGGACACCCUGACCUACAGCCUGGCAGCAGAGGGGUCCCUGGGCAGCAGCUUCUCGGUGGGUACUGCAGACGGCAAGAUCAUCGCUGCCCGGGGGCUGCCUCAUGGCCGCUAUGUGUUCAACGUCACGGUCAGUGACGGGACCUUCUCCACCACUGCGGGGGUCCACGUGCAUGUGUGGCACGCGGGGCAGGAGGCCCUGCGGCAGGCCCUGUGGCUCGGCUUCCACCAGCUCACGCCCGAAGAGCUGGUGAGCGACCACUGGCGGAACCUGCUGCGGUUCCUUAGCAACAAGCUGGACAUCCGACGGGCCAACAUCCACUUGGCCAGCCUCCAGCCUGCUGACACCACAGCCGGGGUGGACGUGCUCUUGGUCUUGGAGGGGCAUUCCGGAACCUUCUAUAACCUCCAGGAGCUGGCAGCCAUCCUCGCUCACUCAGCCAAGGAGAUGGAGCACUCGGUGGGAAUUCAGAUGAGAUCAGCCAUGCCUGUGGUACCCUGCCAGGGGCCCAGCUGCCAGGCUCAGCCCUGCCAAGAGACGGUGCACCUGGACCCCAAGGUGGGGCCCACAUACAGCACGGCCAGGCUCAGCAUCCUCACGCCGAGGCAUCGCCUGGAGAGGAGCUGUGCCUGCAACGGUACUGCCACACGGUUCAACGGGCAGAGCUACGUGCAGUACAGACCUGCAGAGGGGCGGAACUGGCACAUCCAUUUCUCUCUGAAAACGCUCCAGCCACAUGCCGUCCUCCUCUUCACCAACGAGACGGCCCCCAUCUCCCUGAAGCUGACCCGUGGAGUGCCCCAGCUGGAAUACCGCUGUCCAGGUGGCUUCUAUGGAAACCUUUCCUCCCAGCGCCACGUGAAUGACCACGAGUGGCACUCCAUCCUGGUGGAGGAGACAGAUACCUCCCUUCGCCUGUCAGUGGACGGCAUGAGCAACGUCUCCCUCGCUGUCCCCGACAAGUGCCGGGCUCUGCGGCCUAAAAGACACCUUGUGCUGGGCGGCCUUGUCCUCUCGAAUUCUUCCUCCAACGUUUCCCAGGGCUUUGAGGGCUGCCUGGAUGCCAUUGUGGUCAACAGAGAGGGGCUGGAGCUGCUGGUCCACGGCAAAAAGACUGCAGGUUUACUGGAGAAACGGGCCCUCAGCCAGUGCUGUUUGCAUGGCGACCACUGCAGCCGGAACCCGUGCCUCAACGGUGGGAGGUGCUCACAGACCCCUGGGGCAGGCUAUGUCUGCGAGUGUCCCCCUCCGUUCUCUGGGAAGCACUGUGAUGAACGCAGAGGCGCCGAGAACUGUACUUCCACACCCUGCCUCGAAGGGGGUCCUUGCAUCUCCUCCUCUGAAGGCGCUUCCUGCACCUGCCCGCACCCCUACAUGGGGGACCGGUGUGAAAUGGAGGCGAUCGGUUGCUCCCAAGGACACUGCCUCAUCACCCCUGAGAUCACAACAGGGGACUGGGGACAGCAGGAGCUACUGAUUGUCAUCGCAGCCAUACUGUUCAUUAUCAUCACCACGGUCGGACUCCUCUUCUACUGCCGCCACUGCAGGCCUCACAAGCCCGUGGCCAUGGAGGACCCAGACCUCCUGGCCAGGAGUGUUGGUGUGGACACCCAAGCCACGCCUGCCAUGGAGCUCGACCCGCUGAGCACCAGCUCCUGCAACAACUUAACUCAGCCAGAGCCCAGCAAGACCUCAGGUCCGAAUGAACUCGUCACCUUUGGGCCCAGCUCAAAGCAGCGGCCGGUGGUCUGCAGCGUCCCUCCCAGGCUCCCACCAGUGACGGUCACUUCCCACUCUGACCACGAGUCCAUCAUCAAGAGGACCUGGUCAGCUGAGGAAAUGGUGUACCCCGGUGUUGGUGUUGGAGGCACUGCAGUCCGCCCCCCCUCCUACUCCAGGAAGGAGCACUGGGAAUACCCCCACCACUCGCAGGUUACUCAGGGGCCUCUGCCACCCUCGCCUCAUCGCCAGCCCGCCCCAGCAGGCAUGCCAGAGCCCACUGGUCUCUAUGGGGGCUUUCCCUUCCCCCUGGAGCUGGAAAACAAGAGGGCUCCCCUCCCACCCCGCUACAGCAACCAAAACCUAGAAGACCUGAUGCCCCCACAGCCCCCCAGUCCCCGGGAGCACCUGCUUGCCCCCUGCCUCAACGAGUACACGGCCAUCAGCUACUACCACUCCCAGUUCCGGCAAGGCGGGCCCUGCCUGACUGAGGGGGGCUACAAGGGGGUGAGCAUGCGUCUCAGCAGGGCUGGGCCCUCCUAUGCAGACUGUGCGGGGGAGGGGAGCCCUCCCUCAGGCAGGGCCCAGCCCCGGGCACCCCCUAACUACGAGGGCUCCGACCUGGUGGAGAGCGAUUAUGGGAGCUGCGAGGAGGUCAUGUUCUAGCUUCCUGCGCUCAGAGGGGGACAGGUGCAGGGCCAAGACCUUGGCGCCCCCUUCCCAUGUCAGUAUGGCCGGGACAGGGAGAGAAGCCCGCACACCCAGGCCAGGCUGCCAUCCCUUGUAAGGUGCUCUUCCUGUCCCCCGGCUGCUUCCUGAGGUAGAGGAAAGCUGAGGGUAGCACCCCUAAAACAGCACCAUGGCCCCAGGAGAGAGGGAUGCACAGGGCAGUGACCCUGGGAUGGGCCAGAGACAGGUCAUGUGGACGGCCAUCUCUCGGUCCCAGGAAGGAGGCAGGAUGACGAGGUCAGCCCUGCCCAGAGGCGCCCUUUCAGAGGCUGACAGGGUUGUGCCUGAGAGGUCAGCACAGGUUGUGCUGCAGAGGUGAGGGUCUUCUGCCCAGGGCCUGCGCGAGGUCCUCCCAGGAGCAGAAAGGUGAGCAGGUACGGAGCCACCAGAGACCGCCUUGUGCAUGCGUUUCCUGCAUACUUGUCCAGUGUCUCAGGCACUGAGCCAGGCACAGUGCUGGGUAUCGAGGGCUCCUAGGAAGCAUCCCUCAGGGCUCGGUCUCCCCUGGUCCAGCUCCUGCCCCCACAUGGGAGAAAGUUGUUCCAGCUCUUACAAUCACACCACUUGCUUCCCAGCUCGGGCUGCCAGGGUUCUGAGCAGCCUUUCUUUGUUGAAGAAUUUGGACCCCAUGAGACUCUGGGUUCAUCAGUCCAGGCACUUUUCGCCAAAGGCAAGAAGGAAAUAAUUCAGUUAAAAAAAAUUCUAUGGCACUUUUCAACCUUGCUGUCUGAUGACUUUUCCCAAAGGGAUCUCUCUUCUCUAGACACAAGGAACUUGGAACUCCCAUUCAGGGCAAGUGAAGGCAGGGAGCCAACCAGCAGACUGUCCAGGCUGGGCCCCAGCCUUCCUGCCCUCCAGCACCGCUGCCUGCCAAUCAAGUAUUACCCGCACUGACUCCGCCCCAUGCAUGAGGGUCAAUGUGGGCGCCUGUGUGCAGUCUGCGUGUACACGUGUGGGGUAUAUGCAGCCAGGAGUGAAGGGGGCAGAAGCCAGCGUGGCCUCCGGCAGCCUCAACACUCCCUCCCCUGGCCAUUCCUCUGCCCGGUCCACUGCCUUUUCAAGUGGGCUGUCUGUGGAGAAAAGGAAAUGAGACACUCUUGCCCACAGGCUUGCUGCUGACCGCGGGAGGACAGGUGUGGGUGACAGCAUACAGCGUGAGUGGCUCGCGGCUGUGUGUGAUUGUGAGCACGAGUGGUGGCAUGUGUGCCUGGUACUUUUUUUUAAACAAUAAAGUAUCUUUUUUACUGUUA